AUGGGGUACAAUGAAAUUUUGGCUAUGCAGUUAACAUUAUAUAACAAGAAUACUCUACUUUUCGAAGUAGUGGUCAGUUUAAAUAUAGAACUACAAGAGAAUGACCUCUUCACCAUCACAUCUUCAAAUUCCA